AUGUCAUCACUUUCUCGGGAUGCUGUGUUGAAAACCUAUCGAAAUAUUUAUCGUAUUUUGAGAACGACAAGAGAAUUAACGGGUAGUACGGAAUCAUUGAAAUAUUUUCAAAAGCAAUUUAGAGAAAUUAAGACGAAUCCGGAAAUGUAUCGAAAGGCUCAACUCUAUGAACAAUACAUUACAUCAUUAAAGGAGUAUUCGGAAUUGAUACAAAUGUAUAAGGUCGGAAAAUAUGAACCAACAUUGCAUGAUUUAUUGAAAAAUUCGGCAGCAAUGGCUGGUGUUUCUCUUACUCCGAAGGAUCAAUAA